UCCCUGUUGAGCACCAGCCAAAUUGCCCUGGCAUUUGUUUCCAUGAAAAGUCCAUCUCCGUGUGGUGAUGGCUCAGUUGCUGUGAAAAGCAACAGCUGACACAGAGGCUGUGGAAAGAUGGGCAUCUCCCAAAGCCAGCCUGCCCAGGAACCUGAACCUGAACCCGAAACUAAGGAAUCUGAAGCAAAAGUCACAUUUUAUCCAAUUCCUUUCUUCACCUCAAUCCCGGGUGGGCUGCAGCCAUCCAGGGUGGUCAUCAUAUCCUGCACUCUGCUACCCAAUGCUGAGAGGUUCCAUAUCAACCUGUGCGCUGGGACAAACAUCGCCUUUCACCAGAACCCUCGACUCAGUGAAAAGACUGUGGUCCGAAACUCUAAGAUCAAGGGUGCCUGGGGGUCAGUGGAGAAAAGCCUGCCUGUCAGGAUGCCCUUCAUCGCAGGCCACAGCUUCAAGGUGGCGAUCAUAUGCAAAGCUCAGUGCUACAGGGUGACUGUGAAUGGUCAGCACCUGCUGGUAUACGCCCACCGCCUGAAGGACCUGCGGACCAUCAGUCACCUGGAAGUAGACGGCGAUAUUGUGCUUGCUGAUGUACAGGUCUAGAUGGGCUCAAGAGCUCAGUGAAGGGCUGGGGACAUGGCUCUCUGUGCCUCCUGCCUGUUCUCUGCCCUUCUCAGUGUCAGCUUCUUUUUUUCUACGUGUGGUACCAGGGAUUUAACUCUGGACCUUGCAUUUUCCAGGCACAUGCUCAUGAGCCUUCCAUGCAACAGCCCAGGCCCAUACUGCAUAAGUCCCUCAAACAC